UUUGGUUUCAAGCCCAGGCGGUUAAUGGAUGAAUGGAUCCGAUCGGGCUGAGAGAAUUUGCAAGGAGAUAAAAUGUACGCAUGCUGCCCUACAGUAACUUUGGAACAGGACCCCAACAAAAAAAUGCAUAUCUGGAUACUGCAGACGAUAGCGGUUGCUUUAACAUCGCUAGUCCUGUCGUGGGCAGAAAGCAUCGAGUAUUAUGGGGAAAUCUGUGAUAAUGCGUGUCCUUGCGAGGAAAAGGACGGCAUCUUAACGGUGAGCUGUGAAAACCGAGGGAUCAUCAGCCUUUUCGAGAUCAGCCCACCAAGAUUCCCUGUCUAUCACCUCUUGUUGUCUGGGAACCUUUUGAAUAGGCUCUACCCAAACCAGUUUGUCAAUUACUCUGGGGCUUCGAUUUUGCAUCUAGGGAGCAAUGACAUACAAGAUAUCGAAACUGGGGCCUUUCACGGUCUGCGAGGCUUAAGGAGGCUGCACCUGAACAAUAACAAGCUGGAACUAUUAAGAGAUGACACUUUCCUUGGUCUGGAGAGUUUGGAGUAUCUACAAGUCGAUUACAAUUACAUCAGCACCAUUGAACCCAAUGCUUUCAGCAAACUACAUUUGCUGCAGGUGCUCAUCCUCAACGAUAACCUCCUCUCUAGCUUGCCCAAUAAUCUUUUUCGUUUUGUACCCUUAACUCACCUGGACUUGAGGGGCAACCGGUUGAAGCUGCUGCCCUACCUGGGUCUUUUGCAACACAUGGAUAAAGUGGUGGAGCUGCAGCUGGAGGAGAACCCCUGGAAUUGCUCCUGCGAGUUGAUCGCUCUGAAGGAUUGGCUAGACAGUAUCUCCUACUCGGCUCUGGUGGGGGAUGUGGUUUGUGAAACCCCUUUCCGCUUGCAUGGCCGAGACUUGGAUGAGGUCUCCAAGCAGGAGCUAUGCCCUAGGAGACUCAUCUCGGAUUAUGAAAUGCGACCGCAGACACCUUUGAGCACUACAGGGUAUUUCCACACUACCCCGGCUUCGGUCAACUCCGUGGCCACGUCCUCCUCGGCUGUUUACAAAUCCCCCUUGAAACCCGCUAAGGGCACCCGUCAACCCAACAAGACCAGGGUGCGUCCCACCUCCCGCCUACCCUCCAAAGACCUGGGAUACAGUAACUACGGCCCCAGCAUCGCCUACCAGACCAAAUCCCCGGUGCCUUUGGAGUGUCCCACCGCCUGCACUUGCAACCUGCAGAUAUCCGAUCUGGGUCUCAAUGUCAACUGCCAAGAGAGGAAGAUCGAAAGUAUCUCGGAGCUCCAGCCUAAACCCUACAACCCCAAGAAGAUGUAUCUGACCGAGAACUACAUCGCCCUGGUGCGCAGAGCAGAUUUUCUGGACGCCACCGGGCUGGAUUUGCUGCACCUGGGCAACAACCGCAUCUCGGUCAUCCAGGACCGGGCCUUUGGGGAUCUAUCUAAUUUGAGGAGACUCUACCUGAAUGGGAACCGGAUUGAGCGGCUGAGCCCGGAGCUGUUCUACGGGCUGCAGAACCUGCAGUACCUCUUCUUGCAGUACAACGUCAUCCGGGACAUCGAGGCUGGCACCUUCGAGUCUGUCCCCAACCUCCAGCUCUUGUUUCUGAACAACAACCUGCUGAGAUCGUUGCCCGCCAGCAUUUUUUCCGGCCUGACGCUCUACAGGCUGAGCCUGAGGAGCAACCACUUCUCCUACCUGCCCGUGAGCGGGGUGCUGGACCAGCUGAAAUCCCUGCUGCAGAUCGACCUGCACGAGAACCCCUGGGAUUGCACCUGCGACGUGGUGGGCAUGAAGCUGUGGCUAGAGCAGCUUAACACCGGCGUGCUGGUGGACCAAGUCAUCUGCGAAUCGCCCAAGAAGUUCGCCCAGAGCGACAUGCGGAGCAUCCGCUCCGAGUUGCUGUGCCCCGACUACUCCGACAUCAUCGUCUCCACCCCCACCCCCUCCUCCGUCCAGCUGCCCGCCCGGACCACCCUGUUCCCCUCCACAGUCAGGCUCAACAGCACGGGCGCGGCGGGGGGCGCGGUGCCCUCGGGCGGCGGCGGGGGCGGCCCCCCCUUGUCCUCGGUGCCGCUGUCGGUGCUGAUCCUGAGCCUGCUGCUGGUGUUCAUCAUGUCGGUGUUCGUGGCGGCGGGGCUCUUCGUGCUGGUGAUGAAGCGCCGCAAGAAGGGCCAAGGCGACCCCGCCAGCGCCAACAACUCCGACGUGAGCUCCUUCAACAUGCAGUACAGCGUCUACGGCGGCGGGCACCACCACCACCCGGCGCCACCGCAGCCCCGCCACCCCCGCGCCGGCGGCCCAGCCCUGCCCAAGGUGAAGACCCCGGCCGGGCACGUGUACGAGUACAUCCCGCACCCGCUGGGCCACAUGUGCAAGAACCCCAUCUACCGCUCCCGGGAGGGCAACGCGGGCGAGGAUUACAAAGAUCUGCACGAGCUCAAGGUCACCUACAGCAACCACCACCUGCAGCAGGGGCCGCCGCCCCCGCCUCCCUCGGGGGAGGAGCCCCUGCGGAGCCCCUCUUACAGCGUCAGCACCAUCGAGCCCCGGGAGGAGCUGCUCUCCCCGGUGCAAGACGCCGAUCGCUUUUACAGGGGCAUUUUGGAGCCCGAGAAACAUUCCUCCUCCACGUUGGGAGUGGGCACCCCGGGCAAUAACCUCCCCGAUUACCCCAAGUUCCCCGCCGCCUACACCUACUCCCCCAACUAUGACCUUAUGCGGCCUCAUCAGUACUUGCACCCGGGGGCGGGGGACAGCAGGCUCCGGGAGACGGUACUCUACAGCCCCCCGAGUACUGUCUAUGUAGAGCCCAACAGGAACGAGUAUCUGGAGUUAAAAGCAAAACUAAAUGCAGAGCCGGACUACCUCGAAGUGCUGGAAAAACAGACCACAUUCAGCCAGUUCUGAGAAUCCCCUCCCUGCCCCCAACAAUCACAUCAACUCCUCCUCCUUCUCCUCCUCCUCCUCUAGAGUAUUUGUAUUCAACAACCACACACAAAAACAAAGAAACACAAAUGCUGAGCCCCUUCCUCCCCCCUUUAACUCAUUUUGUUGUAGGGUGAAGUGCCUUGGCACAGGAUUUUCAGCUUCUGGGGAAUGAUACUGAAAGGGUGUGCUGUUUCAUUUUUAUUUUUACAAGUAGGAAACAAUCUAUUGUGUAAACGGGGCACAACACUUGCUCUUGUGUGUUUGUGUGUCUGUGUGUGCUGGGGAGGUGGGAAGAGGGUUUACUAAGGUCAGAUUGUGCAGGUUACAAGUACAAAAGUCAUAGUCACUUCCAUUUUUGUUGGACAAGCAUUGCUUAAUUUUAUUUUCUCUUUGGUUGAAGAGUGCAUCACAGGUUUCCCCCUUUUAGCUCUGGGUGAGUCUAACUGGCUUUUAAGGAGAGAUUGCACACCCAAUUUAAUACAAGGUUUCAUUUUUUAAGGAUGUGUUUGUAUGCUUUCUGGACUUUUGAAUUAAAUAUAUAUAUAUAUGUGUAAAUAUACACAUGUGUGUAUAUAUAUAUAUAUAUUAUGAUCUUUAAAAAGAUCACCAGAGAUGUGGACAAAUCAUUAAAGAGUACAGAGAUAUAUGAUCCAUAACUGAUUAGUAAAAUAACUUAUUGAUGAACUAUAAGAAUAUUUUAUUGUAGCACCUAUUUUUAUAUGUGCAUUUCUCUUUCCUUCAUUAUUUUAAGGUCCAGUCUUGAAAAUAAUUGCAUUAUCCUAGUAACUUUAUUCAUGAAAGUAGUCUUGACAUAGGCACACAUCCUGAAAACACUUAGGCAAAUGAAUACCUUUGCUCCAGUGUGUGGUUCCAUAUAUUUCAAUGAGUAAGUAAAGUUAUUCACAUGCCCAAAAGUUUGGAAGGUUGGGGCCAUAGGCAGUGCAACUGUUCUUAUAAGUAAAGUUACAUGGAUGUGUAGGUGUUUUUCAGGAUGGGGCCCACAGUCUGCUCAGAAGUGUUGUACUACAUGCAGAGCUUUAUUUCCAAAGCUGAAGUGGCAUCAGGAGGACAUUUAAAAUCACUAAAAUUAACAGUAAUCAUGACCAAAUCUUAAAAGACAAUCCAAGACAAGCAAUCUGGAUAGGAUAAAAGUAUAUUGUAUUAAGACCCUCCUGCUAGAGCAACUAGUUGGAUUAACUGGUGAGGGAUAUGUGGAAAUUGUUGAUUUUAGCAGAAAAAUUGUUUUUUUUAUUAGUCAACCAAAAUAUAAUGAUUUGACUACUGUUGUAGCCAAUUUCUGAUUGUUUCGUAAAAUGCAAUUGCACUUGUACAGAUCCAUAUGUAUACUGGCACUUUGAAAGACCAAAUGAUGGACUGUACAAAUCUCUAUAUAAUGUCUUUACCCCUUUGGGCAUCAGGCAAUGAAAAGGAUAUCCAUACAUACGACAUCACUGUAACAUGGGACAACUGGUGUCUCAUAUGUAUCCCAGCACAUGUAAUUUUUAAAAAAAUAUAUAAUUUCUGAAUAAACACUUGAUAACUAUUUCAAAUAUAAGGACAUCAAGUAAUGAUUACCUGAAAUUCACAGUAUCUCAACAAAUUAAUACUUUGGUACAUGAAACUGCCUUUAGUAGCAAUCAAGUCUGAAUAGAAAGGAAUUAAUAAUCUGAUGUGUUCUCUAGGUUAUUGUCAAAACACAAUAUAUUGUAAUUUAUCAAGGUACCUGACAUGGAUCAGAAGUGGAUAUUGCUAUGUGAAUCAUCAACAUGCUUAAUAGUAUAGUUUCAUGUUUACUUUUGUUUCUUUUCUAAAGACUUCAUUUUAUAUAUGGAUCAGGGUAAGUGAUAUUUCACAUUCUUUUUAACCUUUGUCUCUUAGGUUAUUAUUUUGGAAUUUGGCAAGGAGUUGAUAAUACAUCUGUUUUGCAAAAGGGCUCUGUUCUGUGCUGCUUUUUUCCACUUAUGUAAAAUGUGUAUAUUUAUUUUUGUUUUAAACUGGUGUUCAGAAAUUCAGGAUGAAUGAUAUAUUGGGAUAUGUACUUCCCUUCCAUCUUGCCCUCCUCUAUCUAAACAAACAAAAUCAAGUAUGCAUGACUGCACACAAGUUUGGACAGUUUGGAAAUGUGAAUUUUAAAUGUGAACAAGAGAUUCUGCUUGUUUUAUUGCAAAAAGAACAAACACAUGACAUUAUGGUAUAUAUUGUUCUUGAUCUGCAGCAUAGUAUCAUUGAAGUUAAUGAGAGUUGUAAGUGCUGUUUGAAAUCUCUUUCUGCAGUCUUUACUGAAAAAAACCCUCCCUUUGAACUAUUUCAAAAGCCAGUGGUCCUGAUUCUCUUCUCAUUUACACUGCUGUAAAUCAGGAGUAUCAAAAACUGCAGUUACACUAGUGUUAAAUGGCCACGAAAAUGAGAUGAUUAAGUGCAUUGGCUUUCAGAAUGACAUGGAAGAAUAUUUUCUUAGUAAUGCCUCAGUGAUCGGGGCAGUAUGUGGUCCUUCAGGUGUGCACUUUUUUUUCUUGUGCAACGAAAAUGCAAGUGGAUUAGACUUAUGGGUGGUUUCAGUAGGAAUGCAGGAUCUGGUCCUUAAUGUGACAGGUACAUUUUACAUGGCAUUCUGCCACAAAGAGGCAGCAUCCACAAGUGAGUAAAUGCACAGGAACAGCUUGAAUUUAUGAGACAUGGGUGGUAGAAAUGCCUGAAGAGUCUUUUUAUGUCAAAGUUCCUGAUGCUGCUAUUUCUGAUGCCAGUAAAUCUGCUGCCUCUAUAUUCUCUGCAUACAUUUGAUAUUUGAGACCAGGAAACAUUCUAACAGUCCAUAUGCUAAAAUCAGAAUAAUUAGUGUAAUCUUCUUUAGUGUUCUAUAGCACCUACAAGCAGAAAAAAACUAUUAUGAGAGUCAUCAUUAUAGAAGAAAAUUAAACAAUCAAUUAACCUCCAGCAGAGUAGUGUUGAAGAAGAAUUCUUUAAAAAGGCAUGAAUUUAGAAAAAAGAUAAUUUACUCAUUAACUAUCCUGAAAUACAACUAAGAGGGUCAUUUGAUAACUUAGGCCUUAAUAGAAAUGAGAUUGCCCAUGGAGAGGCUACAAUGAUUAAUUUUCUGAAGAAAAUUAUAUGUAGAAAGAGGAAAUAGAAUGACUGAUCACGGAAGUGUUUGUGGUUGUGCAACAAUUUAUUUGUAUGAAAAUAUGACCUUUGUUUUACUAGCGGAAUCAGUGAAACCAUUCGCAUGAUGAUCUGCUGAGUUAGUGCUGACCAAAGAAGUAAAAGUGUAACAGAAAAAUAUAUUAAUUCUCUUUUCUUUAAGCUGAGAAUUGCUUUAAUAGGGCCAUUCCAGUCACUUGCCCUUUUUGUCCAAUUAUUGCCCUUUUUGACAAGGCCUGUUGAGUUUCCUGAAAUGAAAGAGCCAUAUAGCAAUAUAUUUUUUCAAAAGUGCAUGAAAAUUCAUUAUAAGAGGAAAAUAAAGGCAAAAGUUGAACUCUUUUAAUAUAAAUGAUAGAAUCAAAACAUGGAUUGUGAUAAUAUAAUAUAUAACAGUUAUUUAUAAAUGCAAGUCAAAACAUUUCUUUAUCUUCUAUAUUCACUAUUGUGCCAACUGUUUAACAUAUUGAUGCAAUGUUAUACAUACAUAAUUGUGGUUUUAGGAUAGAUUUUCUUUGGCUAACUAUUAUGAUAAUUGUAACAUUACCAUGAAGGAGCUUAUUUUUAUAUUCAUAUUUUGGAUAACUGGGAUAGAAUCAGUUCACCACUGUUUCAUCUAUUUGUUUUCUAAAGAUACAUUUCCCACCACUAUAUAAAAUGUGAAGUAAAUCACAUUUUUGGCCAAGCUGGUUUCUUUCACAGAACAACAUAGCAACUGUUUCAGGUUAAGAAGAUGAAAGAUUAAUACAAAUGGGAAAAAGUCCAUACAUGUGAUAUAAUAGAGAUUAGACAUACUGUUUUCAUAAAGGCAAACUGUUUCAUGAUCAAUGUAGGCCUGUGCUGAUGAGUUAAUAUGGUGUGUUUUUACUAUAAAAUGUAGUUUAAUUGGUAAUUAAAGCCUCUAGGAGCAGACCCAAUGUGUUUUUAGUUUCUAUGUAAUCUUUUAGGCCCUGAGCUAACAUUAAAUAGCAAAAGGGUGACCAAACUUACUGGCCCACUGACACACAUCUGGCAAUCUUCAGAAGUUCAAGAACUGGGGUACACCUGCUGGGGCUAGAGCUCUGGGCAGCCAUCAGCCUUCUAGAGGCACCUGAUAGGUUCAGAGCUUCAGUCCCACUCCUUUUAAAGCACCAAGACCUCCUCCCCACCAGUCAGAAGCCCCCUCAUUGCUCUGCGGAAACCCCUAUCACACCAACUCACUGCCUCCUCCUCCAGUCUGAUAGAUCAGUGUUUUUCAAAAUGGUCCAUGAAACUACUUUGAGAAACCAGCUAACUGCCCACUCUGGUGUGUUUAUUUACCUGC